AUUUCACGGCUAACAGCGAGGAGAAGCCUCCUCCGAAAACCGACUCACAGUCAGUUUGGUGAGAGGGGGGUGGGAAAAGGCCAGCGGAUUGUAUUUGUUGUCACGAGAUGCACUUCCUCCUCCAAAAAAAAAGCUAAAAAGUAAAUAGAAACCGAGGUGGCGGUUAGGGAUGAGGAAACACUGCCGGCUAACGAACGACGCUCGUCCAGUCGAAACAAACCGAGGUUUGUCGUUGUUUUAGAAAACCGAGAGGGGCGUCCAGCAAAGAGAAGGAGGAGACAAGAUGGAGAUGCUGUGUUUCCAGUUACCGGGUCACGGGGACACGACCCUGAAGCACAUGAAUUCACUGAGGUCCCGCCAGCACUUCUGUGACAUCACCAUUAUCGCAAGCAACAACCAGAUAUUCAGGGGACAUAAAGUGGUGCUCGCCGCCUGCUCGCCGUUCUUACGGGAUCAGUUCCUACUCAAUUCGUCCCCAAAGCUUCAGGUGUCAAUGCUGUACAGCUCCACAGUGGUGUGUGACCUGCUGCAGUCUUGUUACACUGGCAUCCUGCAGUUUAACCCAGAGGAGAUUGUCAACUACCUGACCGCUGCCAGCUACCUACAGAUGGAGCACAUUGUGGAGCGCUGCCGAGGAGCACUGAAGAAGUAUGUGCAGCUAAAGAACCCCAGUCCACCAAAGAUGACUUCAGACGAGAGCCUGUCUCAACCGCUGAUCGUCAGUGGAAGCAUUCAUUCUGUUCCGCCUGCUUCUCCGCCCACGGGCAGACACUCCCCUGUGCACACACACAGUCCUGUACUACGCUCGGUGGAGGAGAACAACAGUGAUAAGCCCGCUCAGGGCAGCAGUCAACACCACAACAGUCCCAUGCUGGACGAGCCAUGUAUCAAGGUAAACGCAUCAGACGAGGAGGAAGAGGCCAGACAGGAAGACUUUGAUGUGUUUCGAGUGUACAUCUCUGAAGAAGAGCAGAUGAACAGGGACAGGGCGGCGGAGAGAGGAGCCCCCUCUGAUGGACCUCAAGAUGCAUGUUACCCAGAGACAGAAGGUGUUGUGAUUGGAGAAGUCAGUGAAUAUGACUUGAAUCACACAGAAGAAGACCUCGCUACUGGGGGGCUUUCAGUGGACGGACUCCGCGCUUUCAGGCGCAGGCUGUCUGAUCCUAAAAUCGGCCGGGGCAGAGGGAGAGGCAAGGGGCGUGGUUUUAAGAGGAGAAGGUGGGUGUCAUCACAGGAGAAAAUACCUCCAGGUUUGGAGCACCACCCGGAUUUGUGGUAUCUGGCAACUGCGGGGUUGGGAGGAAGUUUCGGCCUGGACUACAACCAAGAUGGGGUAAAGGCAGGAGGUUAUGUCUCAGUUGAACUCCCACACUUGGAAUUCAGCAUGGGCGAUGCUCAGGGAGAAAAGACCUCACCAAUCGCUGCCAACAGUUUGACCCAGUACGCCCUGAAGGAGUCCAGCUGUGAUGCCGGUGAGGGCAGUUCAGGGUUGAAUAGUGUUGGAACAAAUGAAGGAGGGGACGAGUCUGUCGCAGUAGUGGGAUCCACUUCAAGCGUAGCUGGGCCUGUAAUCUGCGAGCACUGCGGCAUGACGUUCCCCUCAGCCCACUCCCUAGCCAUCCACUCCCGCUCCACUCACCUGCUGUAUGCCUGCCCCUGCUGCGGCAAACACUUCCAUCACUCCGCCAACCUCACCCGACACAUGGCCGUGCACCGGGGCGCCGGCAAAACCCACCAGUGCCCCCUGUGCUAUAAGACUUUCACCCAAAAAUCCACACUGAUAGACCACAUGAACCUCCACAGUGGCGAGCGGCCACACCGAUGUGCGUACUGCCACGCUCGCUUCGCCCACAAGCCCGCCUUACGACGCCACCUGAAAGAGCAGCACGGGAAAACCACGGGACAGAACUCCCUGCACGAGCAGGAGGAGAUGGAGAGGGCGAGGGGAGCUGCCGGAGGAAUACGAGAGGAAGAACAAGAGUGUCUGGUUACUGAACAAGUGUCUUAGGCCAAAGCAUUAAAGAAAAACCUAAAGCUCCUGAGCUCUCUGCUGUCCGGAGCAUAAGCACUAUUAAACAAGUUAUGGAAACUAUGAGGCCCUUUUUAAAAUCUGUGAAAGUAAAAGUUUACUUUUAAAAUAUGUGUCAGAUGUGCAUAAAAACAUGCAGACUAAGUGCUGAAUGUGGGUAAGAGGCUGCACAGUCUCUUAAACCAUGAAGAGACAUUUUAACUUGUCAUAGUAGGAAGAGCACAGUUAAACUGAGAGCUAAAUGGAAUCCAGCCAUCUUGCAUUUUAUCAAUUCCACCUGUGCUUUUCCUCUUGCGUGACACAUCAAAGUGACAAAGGCCUGUUGAUUCUCACGCUCUUAGAAUAGUUUUAGUUUGAGCUUAAUCAUGAAUAUUGUACAUGUUCAGUACGAUGACUGGUCACUGUUCAAAAAAUAAGUUGUGUAAAUACAAUAAUUGGAAAGUCUGUUAUCUGUAAACAGUUGUCUUAUAUCAGUCCAGCACACAGGUGUUUUUACAUUAUUAUUAUUACUACAUAACUGUUUAAUAGAUCACAAAGCAACUUUUGAUUAAAAGCGUGUCAAACAUUUUAA